CAUUUCUCCUCACCGCAUAAUCCACCGUUAGUCACUCUCUCAUCGCCUUUCCUCUGUGCAGUUGAACCCUAAAUGGCGGUAGUCUCCAGCAUUGUCUUCAUCAUUUUCUCGGUGUUGUCCGUCGCCGAAUGUAGAAUUCAAGGAAACUACGCCGGCGGCCCUUGGGAAGGUGCUCAUGCUACCUUCUACGGUGGAAGCGACGCCUCCGGUACAAUGGGAGGCGCUUGUGGCUACGGGAAUCUUUACAGCCAAGGAUACGGAGUCAACACGGCGGCGCUCAGCACCGCCCUCUUCAACAACGGGCUAAGCUGCGGCGCAUGUUUUGAAAUCAAGUGCGCCGACGACCCUAGGUGGUGCCACCCUGGUAGUCCCUCCAUUUUCGUUACCGGGACCAACUUCUGUCCUCCCAAUUUCGCUCUUCCAAACGACAAUGGUGGGUGGUGCAACCCUCCUCGAACCCACUUCGACCUCGCCAUGCCCAUGUUCCUUAAGAUUGCUGAAUACCGCGCCGGAAUUGUCCCCGUCUCCUACCGCCGGGUGCCAUGCCGGAAAGCUGGUGGAAUCAGGUUCACGAUCAACGGUUUCCGUUACUUCAACUUGGUUUUGAUCAGCAAUGUCGCGGGUGCAGGGGAUAUCCAGAAAGUUUGGGUGAAAGGAACCAAAACAAAUUGGAUGAGUAUGAGUCGUAACUGGGGGCAAAAUUGGCAAUCGAAUGCAGUUCUCAUCGGACAAUCUCUUUCUUUCAGAGUCACCGCCAGUGACCGCCGUACCUCCACCUCGUGGAACAUUGCUCCGGCGAAUUGGCAAUUUGGUCAGACCUUCGCCGGAAAGAAUUUCCGGGUGUGAGGUUAAAGUGAAAUCCCCGUAUUACCCUUAUUUAGGAAAAAUGGUUUUAUUAUUAUUGUUUGUUUUUUGCUUUAAUUGCUUUUAUCGGGGGUGGUGAAAGUUGGUAUAUGUGGAAAAGAUGGAGGGGUGGAAUAGACAUGUUUUGGAAACUUUUUCAGAUUUCCGAACAUUUAGGGUUUGUGUUUUAACAGUGACGCUGAGGCGGCUGCAAAAAAGAAAAAUGCAGCCCGCAGCAAAAUGCUGCUAAAGAAUUUUAGUGAAAAAGUGGUGUUUUUAUUUUUGUAUUUUGGUUCUAGUUUCUAAAUGUGAACUGUAUUUAGGGUUUGUGUUGCUACUAAUUUACAUCUUGUAAGUCAGAAAAAUAGACUUGGUUUGUUUUAAUCUGUAAUCCAAUGUAUUGUUGAGAAUUAUCUUAA